AUGAAGUUUUACGUGGGCAUCACUAUAACGGUAUUUUUUGUGUGCACGAGAUUUGCGGAGGCAGAGCAAAGUUACACGGUGAUAAGUGAGCGUUUCGAGCAUUACGAUGGUGUGCAGGAGACUCUAUUUUAUGCCAAUAACGCUAGAGUUAUCGGUCGUCAACGUACUUUGAAUGGCACCUUGAAGUUUUUGGUAGAUAUGGACAACGAACAUUUUAUGAUGAGUGUAGAAAUUUUCCAUUCUCAACCAGGUGAUGAUAAUUAUAAGCUUAUACCCAUAGGCAUCACGCGUAUGCCCCUUUGCGACGGUUUCAAAACCUAUUUCGCCAAAGUAGCGGAACCGUCUUUUGUACAUGGUGAGAACACCGAUUUUCCUUACAUACCUGAAGAGGGUUUGUGUCCCUUACCGAAAGGUGAAUAUUACUUCAAGAAUUUGACUUUAAAGAUCGACACAUGGCCCACUCAUAUACCAAAGGGCAAUAUAAAAGCGAAAAUGACAUUUUUCAAGGAUGCGGUCAAUAUUGGAGCAGGGGCACUGAUAAUGAAAGUGAAAGAUCGUGAAUGA